GCGGGACAGAUGCUUCUCAGGCAAAUGCUGCCUUCACUGCAGGAAGUGUAACGAAGCAGCACGGCGCAUGCUCUUGUACCUCUCUGACAAGCGGAGGAUGAAUUAUCCCCUGCUGUAAAACGGAGUGCGCGCCGUCGCACCGUUGUUGGCCGGGGUGUGCGUGCUGCCGCACCAACAGACGUCAGUUUGAGUGGGUGAAGGAGGGUGAGAAAGACACGCAACUGUCCGUGUAGGAGUUGGUGAUCCAACAGGGGCUACUUGAUACAUCAACUCUGUGGGGAGGGGCGAUGGCGUGUGCUGAGGUCAAUGUGUCUUCAGGGGAGCUCAUGACGGUGAAGGAAGAGGAGGGGGAGUCCGGUGGCAACAACCAUAAGACUCAAGUCAUCCUGCACCUGCAGCCCAUCCUGCAUGGGGUAAAUGAUGACAUUGCUGACACUGGCACUACAGUCCUGGCCAUAGAGACGCAUCAUGAAGACAGUAAAGCAGAAGGAGAGGAAAUUGAAUAUGGCUACCCCAUCACCUGUGGAGACAGCAGAGCGGUUCUGCUGUUUAAGAAGUUUGUGUGUCCUGGAAUCAACGUCAGAUGUGUCAAAUUCAACGACCAGCUCAUCAGUCCUAAGCAGUUUGUGCACCUGGCAGGGAAAGCCACUCUUAAGGACUGGAAAAGGGCCAUCAGACUGGGAGGGGUUAUGCUUAGGAAAAUGAUGGACUCUGGCCAGAUAGAUUUCUACCAGCAUGACACCGUGUGCAGCAACACCUGCCGCAGCACUAAAUUUGAUGUGCUGAUCAACAGCACGAGGCUUCCUCCAGGGACCUCGGUGCAGCCGAGCCCGUCAAGUCUGGCUCUUGACCCUCUUGGAGGACAGGUGCCUCCGCUGACAGAAGUUUUGCAUGAUGCAGCAGAGGUAGAGGAAGCUGUGGGGGAGAGGUUUAGUGCAAUAGCAGAGUGGAGCCCUGGUGUAGCACGGCUUGUAAACCCUACAACAGCCAAUGGACAUGCAGCAAAGAGAAAGAGGGCUGACACCCCUGAUGGAGUACUGAGCCUGUGGCAGGGUGUGGCAGACUCAGGACUGAUGGGGGAGGUCUUGUCCAGUCUUCAGACUGAAUUCUUAGCCAGUCUCAAAGGAGUGGAGGUUCGCAGUGAGAACGACAACCUGCAGGAGACAGAUGCCAUCAUGCUUAAUUCCUUGUGUGAGAUGUUCGGGCUUUUAGACUCAGUGAAGCAAACUCUGGAUCUGAGGCGCAGCCAGAAUGAAGAGAGCAAAAUCCAUAACAGUAUUUAUGUGUUGGAUGAGAUUUUGGAGGAACGGAAGAAGCCAAGUUUUGAUAAAAGCACAUCUCACAAAAGCACAUCCUCAAAACACCUUCGACCUCAACGUCAAAACCCGUCAAACAGCCAAACCCAGAACGUGCUGUCCCCCGUGAAAACAAGCUCAGUGACCCUGCCUCUCUCUGUUACUGGUUUAUCUGCAGCAUCUUAUGCUCAGCUCACCAUCAACCCUCAGCUCUUCACCCACUUCUCUGCCUCCACUGGUCAGCACCACCAUAUAGACAGAGAUAGCCAAAGUACUAUGCUGCAGAGGAACCAUGAGCACAGUGAGACGGGGAGCCAGGAGAAGGUUCACCAGCGGGGACGGGAGGGUGCGGAGAAAGAGGACACCUCAGGGAUCUACAAAGAGCCCGGACAGAGGAAUGUUAAGUCUCGAGAAGACCCUCACCUUAAGAGUGAGGAAGAAGAGGAGGCAGAGGGCUUGCAUGACAUUGAGAAGGUGAUUAUAGGACGAAAGGCAUCAAAGAAACAUAAAAGUAAGUAAGAGAGAGACGAUCCUCAAGGGAUGCUGGAGGACUAAGUGAGAGAAUGUGCCUGAGACCCGAAUACUUAAAGGAUAAAAGAUUCAAACACAAUGUUACUUUGUAAAACAGUGUUUUUUUUUUACUUGUAAGCUUUUAUCUUUACUAUAAUUACUUUAGCUGAGUUGUGGUUACUUCAGUCGUAUUACUGGCACAGAUUUGUUUUUGCAUUGAGAUUGGAAAUGGCACAUUCACAGAGACCAUUUGGACACGUUUUUCUAACAUUUUAACAAAUGAAAACACUGUGUAGGUGAAACGAUUAGUUGAUUCACUGAUUAGCCAACUGACAGAAAUUUAAUCAGCAACAAUUCUGAAUCAAUUAAUCAUUUAAAUCCUUUUUAUAGCAAAAAAGAUUCCAAAAAAUUCACUUGUUCCAGCUUUUCAAAUGUGAAUAUUUGCUGUUUUUUUUUUUUUUUUAAGUCUUACCUUUGGGCUUCGGACUGUUGGUCUGCCAGAAUAUGCAAUAUUUUGCAAUAUGUCAUAAUAUGUCACAUCCCACAUUCUGGGAAGGGCACAGGGCAUUUUUUUUAAAAACUAUUUUUGGAUAUUUUAUAGACCAAAAGUGAUUAAUCAGUUUAUGGAGAAAAUAAGUGGUUUAAUUAAUAAUGAAAACAAUCGAUAGUUGCAUCCCUGAAACACAGAGUUCUCCCUUGUCUAUUGGAUACAGUAUUAGAAACCUGGGUAGUUGUGACGGAACUUUAUGUAAAUGUUUCUAUCUAGAAAUUUGUAAAUAUAAUAUUUGAUUCUACCUUACUGUCUUUGGUGAUAACAUUUCCCCUUAUCUAAAAGUAGUCGGUACAUUUUUCAGCUAUUUGUGACAAAUUUUCUCAAUACUUUUAUAAUAGCAUCUAAUAAUAUUUGUAAUUUAACAUACCUAUUUUGUGAGUUAACACUUGUGUUUUGAAUUUUUUUAUUAUUUUGAUUUUGUGAAAUAUUUGCCACUAUAUUAAGGCCCUUGUAAUAACACCUAAGACCUAGAUCUAUGCACCGGACACUCACUGCCUGAACAAUACAUUAUUCUUAAUUUAAGUCAGUGAAAACUAUAUAUGAAUAAGUAUUGUGACUGUUGACGUGCUGUUGCUUUAUACAGGGUACUGUGUACUAAUGUGCUGCAAAUACAGAAUCAUGUUAAAUGACCUCUUCUUUCUUUAUUAUAGAAAAAUUAUAAAAGAGAAAAAUAUAAAAGUGUGACUUUGUAAGAUAAUGAACAAAUUUUCAAUAAAAACAUUUACAUUUAAAAUUUGAACAGAAGCAGUGUUUAAGCUACUCAAUUACAAAAUACUGGUUGGACGUUUCAUUCAUCUCCCAUUCUUGCUGCAGCUUUAGCCAACCUCUGAUGUGAA